AAAAAAAAAGCAAAAAAGCCCCAGUGAAGCGGCGGGCGGCGCCGUCUCGGUCUUCGCCCUUUGGCGCCCUCAUUCCGGCCUGGAGCAGCUGUUUAUUUAGUUUAUUAACUAAAUCUUAGUCUGAAGAAGGUGGGGAGGGUCACACUGCUUGAAGAAGACAAAUAACCUAUGUUCCCCACUGCGAGGACUAUGCCACUCAGCCACUGGUAUUUGAAGGGCAAAAGAAUAGAAGGGGAAAGUGACAUCACAACUAAGCAGUCCAGUCACAAGAAUUAUAACUCCUCUCCAGGCUUCAACAGAGUUCUAGCUCUUACAAGAAAGAUGGUGAGGAAAAGGAUGAACCUUUAAUGAGGGGAAAAGUUUAAGUACCUUCUUUUAAAAAGUGGUAUCUUAUCAAGAAUAAGUGGGGGGGCCCAAAACUGAACACAAGACUCCAGAUGUGGCUUCACCGGUGAUGAAUAGAGGGAAAGAAUCACUUCCUUUGAUCUGCUGGCAAUGUUCUUACUAAUGCAGCCCAGUAUGCCAUUAGCCUUCUUCGAAACUGUUGGCUCAUAUUCAGCUCAUAAGGUAUGUCUGAACGUGGCAAUGAACUCACCACACUUGAUGACUCUCAAGCAGCUGCAGAAGAGGUCCAGUCUGACUCUGAGGUCAGUGCAAUGGCUCAAGAGUCUCCCAAAAAUUCGGCAGCGGAAAUUUCUGUAACUACCAAUGGCCAGCUUGAAGCUUCGCAUGAACACAAUUUUAACAGGGGACUUGAGCAGAGGGGAAUAGGAUCUGGCCCUCUGAUUUCUGCAGCUCAGUUUACUUUUCAAGGUGGACUAAACUGCACAAAGGAUUUGAAACAUUCAUUACCAGUUGGACUUGGACUCUCUGAAACCAAAAUAACAUCUCAUAGCUCUGACAACACCAAAGAGGGAGUCAUUGAAGCAGGACCAUUCCAAGGUUCCUCAGCAUCACCCAAAUCAUCUGUUAUAUCUCCUAGCAGUGCAGCAGCUAGCAGACUGGCUGGACAAGGUUGUGAUUUAAUUAUUCCCACAGGUGGCAGAAUGCAGCAGAAAAGUGGGCCAGUUGUGCUAGCAGAUGAAGUAAAGAAUCCAGCCAUGGAAAAAUUGGAACUUGUAAGAAAAUGGAGCCUAAACACUUACAAGUGUACUCGUCAGAUCAUCUCUGAAAGGUUGGGACGUGGCUCAAGAACCGUAGACCUGGAACUGGAAGCCCAAAUAGAAAUACUAAGGGAUAACAAAAAAAAGUAUGAAAAUAUCUUGAAACUGGCACAGACUUUGUCCACGCAGCUCUACCAGAUGGUACAUACCCAAAGGCAACUUGGAGAUGCAUUUGCAGACCUGAGUUUGAAAUCAUUGGAACUCCAUGAGGAGUUCGGAUACAACGCAGACACUCAGAAACUUCUAGCUAAAAAUGGAGAGACCCUUCUUGGGGCUAUUAACUUUUUUAUUGCUAGUGUGAACACGCUGGUGAAUAAAACAAUUGAGGAUACCUUAUUGACUGUGAAACAAUAUGAAAGUGCCAGGAUUGAGUAUGAUGCCUAUCGCACAGACCUAGAAGAACUGAAUCUUGGCCCUCGUGAUGCAAACACUCUGCCAAAGAUUGAGCAGUCACAGCAGCUAUUCCAAAUGCAUAAAGAAAAAUAUGACAAAAUGCGCAAUGAUGUAUCUAUCAAACUGAAAUUCUUGGAGGAAAACAAGGUUAAGGUAUUGCACAAUCAGCUCGUUUUGUUCCACAAUGCCAUUGCAGCGUACUUCGCUGGGAAUCAGAAGCAGCUUGAACAGACGCUUAAACAGUUCCACAUCAAAUUGAAAACUCCUGGAGUAGAUGCUCCAUCUUGGCUUGAAGAACAGUAAUCAAUACAGAGAAGAGGACCCAUUGUUAACCUAGAAUCUGUAUAUCUAAUAAGAAUUAAGAGGUUGGGGUUGAAGGAUGGUUGUAGUGAUUCUUGCACAAAUAGCUUUAAUUUUCUUCCCUUUUGUAAUACUGUAAAAUUGAAUUUGGUGGGAAUGUGGGUGGCUUUAAGGUAACCAAACAUAUAAUUUCUGUCAUUUCAAAUUUAGAGCACUCCUUUUUGUAUGUGAGUGUCGAUGGCUAUUUCUGUAAUUCAGAAAAAAAAAUCUAAUAUAGAUUUGCACUGACAAGAUGUUUGUGGUUUCUGGUCAUUGUGGUGGCUAGUCAAAAUAUUUCCAAAGGGAGGUUUACAUGAUUUGUACCAACAUCUGAUAUUUUGUAUAUGAAUAUAGAAAACACCUUUAAUGAUUCAUUUUCAUGUAAUUGUGUUUUAAAAAGGAGAGAGUAAAAAGAAUAUUUUGCAGAUUAAUAAUAUAAAGCCUUUGUGCAGUACCUGCAGAGAGGCAACAGCUGUACUAGAUGGCUGGCUGACUCAUGGAAUUGCAGCAAAUACCUUUUUAAAAGGUGAAUCUGUAUUUUUCCAUUGUAUGUUAAAAACAAAAACACUAAGGAAGUGAGAAUCACUGUCAGUCUGAAGCUUCUAAGCACACAUUUUAGCUUUGUCUCAAGUGGUUUGCUAGGUAAAGCCAACCAUUUGCUGUACUAAUUUCAUUUUUAAACGUUACUUUCUGUAUGAUACAAAUACCAUAAUAGCCUUAAAUCACAGGUAUGUGCCUUUUUAUAAGAUACUACUUUCAACCAGUGUAUGUGAUUCACAGCACAGCCCUGUUGAGACAGGGGUUUGUCUCUGUUCCCAACAAGGAAAAAGAACUGCAUAAAUGCUAUGUUUCUUUGAACACUUUAGACCAAGUGAAAACUUUCAGUAACCUUUAUGGAGUGAUGUGUGUUUUGAGAGAGAGGGGGCCAGUAUGAUUUUCAACUGCAGAGCAUGCUUUAGCAACAGGGAUAAUGUGGAUGAUGUAUUUGUUUCAUUUCUCCAUCAGUGAUAUAAUUGUUUAGUGUAAAGUUCUCUAUAUUAAUUUUAUCAUAGGCAUUUUAAAUUCAACAUAUUGGAGUCCUCAUUUGCACAAGUUCCAUUGCUUUGUGUUCUGUUAAGUAAAAUGAAGUACUUAAGGUAUGUUAUUUACAGCUAUGUGGAUUGUAUGAUUUAUGUACUGUAUGUUUAAAUGCAUUUCAGUUGAUGUUUCUUAAAAUGGUUUUUCAGUGCUUAACAUAAUGUAAUGUACCUGUAAAUCAAACAUUUUUAAUCAUUCCUCAUUAAAUUCAUAGUCUGACAGAGCCUUCCUUAUUUUCCUGUUCUGUCAGAAUUUCUCUUGUAAUAGCUGAUUUACAUUCCCCAGAAUGUAUCUCUGUUGUGAAUUUCGUAUUCAUAUUAAAGGUGUUUGCUGCAGUA